AUGCACCUAUCACUUGCUCUCCUUUUACUGUCGGGUGUUAAGCGUUUCCCCUCCCCUUUCCUCAGGUGCUACUGCAAGCGUAUGGGAAAGUCAGCCCCGUCCCCACGCGUUACCGACGCCCCUCUCCAGAGUGGAACUGCCGACGCAGGUUUGAAUACCAACAACCUUUACACUGGGCGGAAGGCUCUUGAAAUCUGUUCGGCUACCGUCAAUUCUGUUCCGCCUGUCUUCACUAUGUUCAAAGAAACCUUGAAGGGCCUGGCUCGUCCCGACUAUUGGAUUCCGGAUCAUCUGUGCAAGUCUUGCGCUAUAUGUGACAAGCCAUUCGGUCCAUCAAGGCACAUUCACCAUUGCCGCUCCUGUGGUCGGGGUGUGUGUGAACCCUGUUCACCACACAAACAACCCAUUCCGUUGCGCGGACUGGACCUUCCUCACCGUAUUUGCUCGGAGUGCUUCCGGUCGGCAGUUUGAGCACGUGUUUUCGUGGACUGGUACGACGGGCUUUAUUUCCUACCCGCUUCGGGUUCAACAACGUGGUAGUCUCUGCUCGUCUACCUCAUUAACCCCAGCUUUCCCAUCCCAUGUGUGCAGUUCCCGCCUAUCUCUUUCACUCGGAGUAGACCCACUACAAACGCUUACACUCCCUGUGCUGUGUUUCGAACAGCAUUCUCCCCACUCGCUUCAAAUACUCCGAUGUUUGUUUUGCUAGCCUUUUCUCGAUCUGUGAUUUUGUUCACUUUAUUUUGUACUUACGUUACUGAGGCCACCGCAUCUUGAUCUCCUGGACCGUACGAUCGGCUCUUCCUGACACUGGCUCGUGUUCUCGGCGCAGUGUCCGCAUAAAAGUACUACACAUCCCCACUAUCACCAAUAUAUUCUCGAACUCUCGCGUCUUGACGUUUGUGGCCGAAGAACAUGCAUCGCGCACACGGCUCAUCACAAUGGGGAUUUUCAAUUCGCCAUCCGCAUGUACUGCUGACUUUGUGACUCAUUUUAUCCUAUUUUUCUACAAACUAAGUCAUUCGAAUUCGCAUUACUCAUCCUUUACCGUCGUCACACGCUGUACUAUGGUGUUGUGUAACCCAUUUCGAUGUUGUACUAUCUCAUUUAUCUAUUUGUCUAUUCAUUUUCAUCGUCGCUUCAUCCAUGUCUGCGUUAUUUCUCGCGCUUACUUGGUCACCAUUUUCGUCUAGCCUAAUUUGCACGCGAUUGCCACAUUUCUUUCUUCAAACUGCACAGCACAAUCGCAGCCGCAGUUCAUAAAUCUUUUAGUUCUUCGCUA